AUGCGGCCUGCCACCGCCCGAGGUGCCGGCGCCGGCCGUCGCGCCAGUUCUCCCCAGGUUGACCCAGCUAUGGCGGCCCGACUCAAAGACCUCGAGGCUGCACGCAAGGACGACGAGCGCCAGAAGAAGCUCGCGGAGAGGAAGCGUGCUCAGGAGCUGCGAGAGGCCAAGAAGAAGCUCGCACGGGAGUUGCAGGGAGCCCAGCGGAUGCUGACCCGAAGUGAGCAGGAGGUGAACAAGCUGACGGGCCAGUUGAGCCGCACGGAGCAGCAGGCAGCGCAGGCUACAGUGAAGAAGAACCGUGAGGGCGAAAAGGCCGAGGAAGGCAUCGGACGCAUCAGGCAGAAGCACGGGAAAGUGGGCAACGUCUUGCGGGAGAAGAUGGCCAACGUUGGACAAGCCCGUGGACGCUUGGCCCAUGUCCAAUUUGCUAUGGCCAUGCUGGAGCGAGGAGUGAUUGUAGCGGUUGGGGAGGACGGAGGCCCUGUGCAAUCACCAGACAACACCAUGCUCAACCCACAGCAGCAGCGUCGCGUUCGGGCAGUGAGACGUUCGUCCGAUGAAGAGGGGAACCCCGAGACAGACGAGACAGGAGAAGGUGAGGAGCAAGAGACAGAGGAAGAUUAUGAUGAUGGAAGUGCAGGUUUGCGUGAGGAGCUUGAGCAAUUGAAGGAAGAGAACCAGAAGCUUCGAGAACACUUGGCCGAUGCUGACAAAAGAUGCACGACGGCAGUCCAACUGCUGCAGCAGGCGCAAGAAGUUCUGGAGACCAGGAUGGAUGACAUGUCGACCAUUGACUUCAAGAUACAUGUGGAGAGGGAGAAGGAAGUCAAGGAAGCUCCCGACUUCGAGAAUGCCUCCACAAUGCAAGGCAGUCAGGAUGGCAGCACGCAGCAUUCACCCAUGGCACAGCCAGACGUGGCAGCCCCCGCACCAGCGCCGGCUGGGCCCUUCGCAGCAUACCCGAGCCUUUUGGGCCAGGCACCUCCCGGUGUGAAGCGAAUCCCCGUCUACGCCGGCACGUUGUCUCCUCCUCCGAACCGCAUGGUAAGCUGCCCCCUGAACGUCCGAUACCAGCCUGCGCAGCUUCCUCGACAGGACGCCACACUGCCGCUGGGUGCGACUCUUCUUGGAUCUCCCAGUGCAACCUCCCUCAAUCGUGGUGUCGCCAGCAUGACUAUUCCGUCAGCACAGGGAGCCCGGAUGUUCCCAGCUGAGCCAGUGGCGGUUCCUGCCUUCAAGCCAGUGGCUGAACCGAUUUCUGUACCGAUGAGGUGA